AUGUUCAAGUUUGUACAUUCUGCUUUGGCAAGGCUAGGUAUCAUUUCCGAGGAUUGUGGUAGUCCGGUUGGAACUCUUGUCUGUGUGCUGGUUGGUUUGAUGGGUAGGAUUCCCAUUGCUAAGAAGAGUAGUCAUAGGGUUGUUGAUCAAGGGAUAAUAACUCUUUUAUCGCCUUUCCUUGAUAAAAAGGUUGUGGGUACUCAUAGAUGGUCUCCGUGUAUUGCCCCAGCUCGCGGCGAUGCAUCAAUUGUUGUUCAAUCGGGGUGUGUCUGGCCUGCUCUUAUUCAGGAUGGAAAGUUGAUUGGGUGUGUGAAUCGGCAGGGAAAAAACAAGCAAUUAACUUUUGUCAUGGAGACUAACGAGAAAUCACAACAAGUUGACUUCACUAGGAAACACUACAUAAAUGUUGUGAACAUUCAUAAGAUGAUUCCACAUGCUCUCUCAGAUUAUCUUUCAGAGUUUGUCCUGUCAACUUUCAUCUCAAAGGGUGGGAAGCCAAUUGAAACAAUUACCGGCUUGGUGAGAAAACAGGAUAAACAAGUAGCGGGUACCCAAAGAUCCAUUACCGGUGUUGUCUCAGCUCAAGGACAUAUACCAGUUGUUCGAUCAGGGUUUGAACGAUCUACUCUCAUUCAGAAGGAUAGCAAGUCGGUUGGGUUUAAGAAACCUCAGGUCACAUUAAAAUUCUUUUCCGGUUCAUCAUCAUCACCAUCAUCACCAUCAUUGUCUGAUGAUUCAUCCUUUCAUCAUCUUCAACAGCAUGUGUUGAGCAUGAAACCAAUUCGAAAUGAAGAUACCGACAAGAUUGAAGAAACAACCACAACUGCAGCCGGUUGUCAUGGAGCUGCUAACAAUUUUGAGAGUAAAGAUGUUGUCGAGAAAGGAAGUCAAGUUUCGUUUUUGAGCAAGGGGUACGUAUAUCAGAUGAUUACUCUAUUUGAGAGUAAACGAUCAAAUAUCGUUUUUGAGAAAGAAAGUCAAAAGUCGUUUUUCAGCAAGGGGAAGAAUUAUUCGAUACGUACGAACCCUCUAUUUGAGAGUGAACAACCUAAUCUCGUUUUUGAGAGCAACAGUAAGCCCGGGCCUAUUGGUGAGAGUAAAAAUUCAACAAAUAUUCACUUGAGGUGUAAACAAGAUAGAAAGGUUGAUGGUAUUCAUAGAACGUCUCCAUGUCUUGCCCCAGUUCAAGGUGAUGCAUCAGUUAUUGUUCGAUCAGGGUUUCUCCAGCUUACCCUUAUUCAGGAUGACAAGUUGAUUGGGUGUGAGAAUCAGGGUAAAGAUAAGCUAUUAACUUUUGCCAUGGAAUCACACAAAGUUGACUUAACUAGGAACCAAAGUACAAAUGCUCUGAACAUUCAUAAGAUGACUCCUCUUGCUGUCUCAGAGUGUGACCAGCCAAUUUUCAUCUCGAAGGGUGGCAAGCCGAUUGAAUCUCAGAAACACAAGGCACAGAAAAAACAAUUAAUUUCUGUUAUGGAGAGUAGAACCAAUACUGGAUUGGUGAGGAAACAACGUAAACAAGUAGUGGGUACCCUAAGAACCAUUACACGUGUUGUCCCAGCUCAAGGACACAUACCAGCUGUCCGAUCAAGGUUUGAACGAUCAAUCCUCAUUCAAAAGGAUAGCAAGUUGAUUGGGUCUAAGAAACUCCAGGUCAGUUUAGUUUUUUUUAUAUUAAUGUGUGUGUGUGCGCGCGCAUGUGAUUUGGCUAAGCUAGACCAAUGUGAAUACUUACGGGGAUCCGAGAAACUAUUAAGUUCUGUCUUACAGAGUAAGAAGCCAGGGAUCAUCAGCUCAAGUAGGAAAAAUGGUAUAAAGGUUGUAGGGUGUAAAGAUGUUGUUGAUGAGAGGUCUCUUAAGUCAGUAUCCAAAAAGAAACCAGGAAAAAUCGACCCAAGCAGGAAAAUUGAUAUAAAGGUUGUGGGUACACGUAAAGAUUUGGUUUAUGAGAGGUCUCUUCAGUCGGUAUCCAAAAGGAUUCCAGGAAACAUCGAUCCAAGCAGGCUACAUGAUAUUAAGGUUGUGGGUACACGUAACGAUUUUGUUGAUGAGAGGUCUCUUCAAUCUGUAUCUAAACAGAGGAAUGUUAAAACUGUUCCUCAAGUUUCACCUUAUAAAGGUGGCAAAAUCAGUUCUUCUGAGCUCAAACCUCAAUGGAGAUUCUAGGGUCAAGACGGUGACCAAGAGCUACGAGCAAAGCCAUACAAUCUAUACAGCCAGGGAUGUUUCAGUAUAUGAUCUUUUUAUAUUAAAUUGAUAUUAGUUGCUAAAAACUUAAUGCUCUAGUUGUGUAUGCAGGUCACAAAGAGUGCAACAACUUAACAGAUUCUCUCCAGUUUUUAAUCGUGAGAAGCUAAGC